UAAGGUGGUGGAGAAACCCAAAACAAAACCAGUUUUGCUGUAACAGCAGAGCGAGAAGGAAGAGAAGAGAAGAGAAGAGAGAUGGAGCAGGAAGAGCACGAAGUGUACGGUGCAGACAUUCCCGACGAGGAGGUUGAGAUGGACGCAGACGCUGAACAACAAGACGAACAACUUCCCCCCAAUCACACAAACAAGGACUUGGAGGACAUGAAGAAGAGGCUGAAGGAGAUCGAGGAAGAAGCAAGCGCUCUUCGCGAAAUGCAGGCUAAGGUUGAGAAAGAGAUGGGCGCUGUUCAAGAUUCGUCUGGUCCUUCUGCAACUCAAGCUGAAAAGGAGGAAGUCGAUUCGCGGUCAAUCUAUGUUGGUAAUGUUGACUAUGCAUGUACACCUGAAGAAGUCCAACAGCAUUUUCAGUCAUGUGGAACUGUGAACAGGGUGACAAUACUGACAGACAAAUUUGGUCAACCAAAAGGAUUUGCUUAUGUAGAGUUUGUUGAGGUUGAUGCUGUUCAGAAUGCUCUCCUGUUAAAUGAAUCGGAAUUGCAUGGUCGACAACUGAAGGUCUCUGCUAAGCGUACAAAUAUUCCUGGAAUGAAGCAGUAUUUUGGAAGAAGACCUACUGGUUUCCGACCAAGGAGGCCUUUCAUGCCGUCUCCAUUCUAUCCACCAUAUGGUUAUGGAAGGGUUCCUAGGUACAGAAGACCAACGCGAUACAGGCCAUACUAGUGCUCAUUCUCAGUUUGAUAGGCGAUCACAUAUUUAUGAUAAGAUGGGACAAUGCAAUGUUAAUUUGCCAUUGUAAUAAUUUUCGUUGGUGGAGCAAGAACAUAAAGCUUCUUUACACAGCAGAAGUUAAAUGCCCUUGCUUGUUUAAGAAUGUAUAUGUAUGAUACAGACAAAUGUAGGUUGAUCGCUUCGUUACCGAUCAUGAAUGUUCAUUGCACUUGAGCACUCGGGGUUUAUUUAUACAGUAUUGGAGGCAACUAAGCAGGGAAAAUUUUCAGUAGUUUGGUAGUUUGAACUUCAAAAUUGAACUAUUCAGUUUAAUGUUGAAUUUUUUAAAAUGAAAAUGAUAUCAACAGUGUUGGAAUUGGUUACUUGCUGCCGAAGUCUGUUCUUAAGGCUAGCUUGAAGUAGAUUUAUUGUUAUUGUGUGGCAUAUCCUUGCUCCGAAGUUUGUUUUAAGAAAAAUGAUUAUUCUGUUUUAGAACUUCCAUAGGUAUUGAUCUAGUCAUAUGGGCUUAGAUUGUUUUGUUCGACUCUUUCGUGUUGAAGUCAAUCUUGAAUGAUACUCUACAUUAGUUUU